AUGAUGGCCGCGUUCACACGAAAACGGCAAUGGCGCCGUUCGAACUUUCGUCUUUGCUAUCCUACUCUUCUUCCUUUUCUCUACUUCAGCUUCGUACACCGAGUGUCACCUACACCGCGACAAAAUGCGCCGAAUACCACUAACUACCCUCUUCAACGUCAACCCCCCAACAGACCAAAACCACCAUUUCGAAACCUCCUGGCUCCUCCCCCAUCCAUCCUCGCCGCUCUCCGCGCCCUAAUCGCCCUCUACAUCUUCACAACCAUUUUCAUCUUCUGGGGCUGGAAUGGCACACACGGGAAUGCCGCGGUAAUCGGCCAAUCUUUCAGCUUCUUCACCUGGUUAACCUACUGGGGAAUCGGAUUCUACAUGCUCUUUGCAGCAAUCCAUACAGCAUGUUAUGCACGGACAGGUCGUUCGUUGCUCGACCGGUGGCCUCGCGGGUUCCGCAUCUUGCAUAGUCUGCUAUAUACGACGAUCACGACGUAUCCGUUUCUUGUGACGAUUGUCUUUUGGGUGUUAUUGUUCAGUCCGCCGUGGUAUGGGGAGACGUUCCUUGGGUGGCAGAAUAUCUCCCAGCAUGCGUUGAACUCCCUAUACGCACUGCUGGAAAUUAUUCUUCCAACUACAGCGCCCCAUCCAUUCAUCGCAAUACCGUUGCUGUUGCUGAUCCUCCUUCUCUACCUCUGCAUCGCAUACAUCACUCACCACACUGAGGGCUUCUAUCCGUACUCAUUUCUCGAUAUCGGUCGCCACGGAAGUGGAAUUGUCACGGGAUACUGUUUCGGUGUCUUGGCUGCGGUGCUCGUGAUCUUUUUUAUUACCUGGGCGCUGAUUUAUUUGCGUCGCCGGCUGACGCACGGUAAAAUUAAGCGGUCGAGACGGGAUCCGCUGUGUGCACAAGACGCUUUCGGCUCCGUGAGCUCGCGUGGUGUGCAGUCGAGUGAAAUGAAGAAUGCGCCGGUUUGA